ACACAAAUAAAAAUAAUAAAAAAUGAAUGCGAACAAAAAAGCAUUACAACAAAAAAGUGACAUUUGCAAAAACACUUGAGUGAGUGCUUAACAACGGAACGUAAAAAACUGGCAAGGAUACCAACAAAGCGAAUUAAAAUAAGGAAAUUGACGCAAUUUUUUUUUUUUAAUAAAAUUCGAGAGCGUAAAUAAAUCCUCUAAAUAAGUAUCAGCAGCUUAAUGAAUGAUUACUCCAACUUGAAAAUUAAAAAAAAAAGUACCUAAGGUAUCAAAGAAAAAGCUUUAGCCACACUUAAAUACUUAAAAUUAAAUUACUCAAAUUAAUUACACAAAAUGAUUGAUGCUGCCUGCAAUUAUCUGAAUCCUUAUGCGUCCGCUUCGCUUGCCGCCGCCGCCGCCGGUAUGCCGCCCAUCAGCAGCAGUCAUCACCAUCACCAUCUCCAACAGCAGCAGCAGCACCACCACCACCACCACCAACAACAGGCCGUAGCAGCCACUUCAUUGAGUGCGGCUGCCGCCGCCGCCGCCGACGCUGCCACAGCAGCCGAUACCGGUACAUCAACGGCAACAAACUUUUCCGCAUUGACAAGCCAAGCAGGAAGCAACCACAGCGGCAGCCACAGUCAUACACAUCUCAGCGGUGGCUUCACCAGCAGCGCCAGCAAUUUUGCUUCGCUUUACGGCCAGAAAGGCUCAACAACAGCAACAGCAACAUCGUCGCCGGUUGCAUGUAGCGCACUCGCUAUGAAAAUGGAAAUGCAAUAUCCGCCACAAUCAUCGUCCACCGGCACGGCUUCGCCCAUCUCGAGUCAACAGUCGGGUCCCUCGUCGGCGUCCGUUUCACCAACCAGCAUAUUUCCAUCGCCCGCCCAGUCAUUUGCAUCGAUUUCCUCAAGUCCGCCUGCAUCGGCAACCUCAUCGUCGGUGUCGCCACUUUCCGGCUCACCGACCACCGCCCAGGCUGUUGUCAGCGCACAUGCCAGCGCAGCUGUUGCAGCAGCAGCAGCGGCCGCUGCGUCCACAACGGAUCUGGGCGCGGCAGCAGCAGCAAGUGCUGCCUACUCGUGGAAUACCUACUCGGCGGCAGCAGCAUUGCCAACACGCACACAGUUUCCUUAUGCACAAUAUGCCUCGGAUUACUACGGCAAUGUCGGCAUGUCUGCCUCGGCUGCAGCCGCCGGCGCUUGGUUCUCGCAUCAGGAUCGUCUUUACCAGCCGUGGUCAAGCCAGGCGUAUCCGAGUUUCAAUUUCGACGACAUCGCCUUCCAGACGCAGCUUCAGCGGCGCUCAGUACGCUGCACAUGCCCCAACUGCGCCAACGAGAUGUCCGGUCUGCCACCAAUUGUCGGUCCUGAUGAGCGCGGUCGCAAGCAACAUAUCUGCCAUAUACCCGGCUGUGAGCGCCUCUACGGCAAGGCGUCACAUUUGAAGACACAUUUGCGAUGGCACACUGGCGAGCGGCCGUUCUUGUGCCUGACGUGCGGCAAACGCUUUUCGCGCUCCGACGAACUGCAGCGCCACGGCCGCACGCAUACCAAUUAUCGUCCAUACGCGUGUCCGAUUUGCUCGAAAAAAUUCUCACGCAGCGAUCAUUUGAGUAAACACAAGAAGACUCAUUUCAAGGAUAAGAAGAGCAAGAAGGCGCUCGCAGCGGAAGCAAAGCAACAGGGGUCUGUUGUCAAGCAGGAGAAAACACAAGACGCACAACAGGAGAAGUCAGCCACGGAAAGGGCGGGUGGUCUCAAUAGUAAUAGUACAAAGUCCUCGGCAGCGGGUCAGACUAGCGCUGCGUCGGCUUCGAACCCCAACACACCCACUAACGCUACCGCGGUGUCUAAACCGAAUGCGCUGCCAGCAGCUUCCACAUCACGUCUCGCUGCGCCCACAUCAGCGGCAACACAACUUCAGUUGAAAACCGAACAGCCGGAUGCCACCAACGGCUAUAGCGCUUACUCGAAUUUGUACCAUCAGGGCUCAACGCUCUUCCAGCACACGCAUCCGUUAGCCAGCGCGGGCGUCUACGCGGGCGGCUUGCAGCAGCAUGCGCUAUCACAACAGCAACAACAACAGUCUGCGGCCGCCACCUCCUCCGCACCCUCAGCUUCCCCCC